CCUCACACCAGAUACCCAGCUAAAAUCAUGAGUGACUAUCUUGAACACAAUGGUACGCUGUAAGCUGCGCAGCAAGGUUCAAAUGCCUGGUAGAAUGCUAGAAUGCUUCCGACGUCUCGUCUAGGGUAGUUCAGCAAAAUAAAUACAACAUACAAAUGACGCAGCGGCGUAUGCACUUUGCUAUGGUGUGCGCGGCGAAUAACAAUCGCUCCAUGGAGUCCCACGCUAUGCUAAAGAAGCAUGGCAUGCACGUCAGCUCGUACGGCGUGGGCGCGCACGUGAAGCUGCCGGGGCCCAGCCAGAAGGAACCCAACGUGUACAAGUUCGGCACUCCCUACAAGGUCAUCCAUGACGACCUGGAGUCAAAGGACCCGGAGCUGUACGCGCGCAACGGGCUGCUGACCAUGCUGCGCCGCAACAUGGGCGUCAAGACCGCGCCGGAGAGGUUCCAGGACAACAGGGACCAUUUCGACGUCGUCGUGACGUUUGAGGAGCGAGUGAUGGAGCAGGUCAUUGAGGACAUGAACCAGCGAUCUCAGGUGACACUACAGCCGCUGCUGGUUUGUAACCUGGACGUCAAGGACAGUCACGAGGAGGCCGCGAACGCGGCGCCGCUGACCCUCAAGCUGUGUCAGAUGUUGGAGCAGGGCGGCGAGUGGGAGGACUGUGUGGACGAGGUGGUGGGCCAGUUUCAAAUGGAGACCGGGCGGCGGCUGACCUACACCAUCUGCUACUACUAGCGCUAGCAAGGCCCGUCCGUGCAAAACAUGCAGCUACAGUGGUAUCGUAUGCAGUGAAUCUCUGCCUAGGUGCGGGGUGCGUAUCUUCCACUGUCCUGGUGAAGAAACGUGAGGUGCUAAGACGCAGGCCUCGCAAGCCAGGAGGGGCGGGCUAGGGGGCGUGCGGCUAGGGCCGGCGGAAUAUUGCUAUGUGCGCGGCGCUCACAAGCAGGUGUGUGCUAGUGGUCGACAACUGUUCGAUCUGCUGGGAAUGCAGUAAUGGCGCGGAUUAAGUCGCAAAUAUUAGCAGACUUUUGCUCUAGGUUGUGUCUCGGCGCCAAACCGAGGGGGUGGGACCGAGUCUCGCCAGGCCACCCUUGGAUUGAGUGAAGAGCAGGUGGAAAUAUUAAAGGUGAACAAACCCCGAAGUGCCAUAAUGGAUGAGGAGGUGGAGUGAUGUAUGCAGGCAUAAGAUGGGCAUUAGGAUAUUGGGAACAGCCUUGGUAAUUGGAAUGUGGCGGUGGCACGUGCGUGUUUCAGUACUCUGUACAGCAAAAUUUCAGCUGUUCUUCAGUGCCGGAGCAGUCUCAAGCACCGCCGGCGCAUGAUGGCAUCAUUUAGAGCACAGGAGCCUGGCGUGUGCUGAUGGGGGACUGCCUAGCACGAUCAAGCUGCACUUGCUGUGAGUGACGCAGCUGCAAACGGGCGGUAUUGUCCCCGUGGUUGCGGGGCUUCGAGCGGCCCAAAGGUGAAGCCAGUGACCCAGUGUAGCUCAGCGGCUGGCGGAGUGGCGGACUGUUAGCCUGUCAGGCAUAAGGGAUGGCAGGCAGAAGGCGGAGGUGACUGGGUGCCUGGGACUGUGGAGUGUGGGGCAUGAACUCCUGCACUGCCUGCGCUCUGGCACGGCUACUGGAUGAUGACACGGUUCGCAGGUGGUUGUGACACAUUUCCGUGUCAGCACCCAGAGUCCCAGAUCUUGUACAUGUCCGCGGCCUUUUCA